AUGGAGCAACUCGCGGUGUUAAUGCAGCCUCGCGGCAACCCGUGGCCCAAGGGUGAGACUGCCAUCGACCAUGCCGACAGCUUUCUCUGCGUCGCAGACGAAUUCAAUCCAGGUGAUGAACGCCAAAUUGCCUUGCUCAUCGACUGCCUGCACAGUUUCGCGAUAAAGGGACUACGCAGUCUUCCCUGCGUCAAGAGCGACGAGGCUUACGAAGUGCGUCAACAAAUCCGGGGUUUAUCCCAAGGAUUUCGGAAACUGUCCAUUAAACCCAUUCCCGAAGAUAAGGAAUGCUGCCCUAAAGUAACGCCAAACGACGUCAAGGCACUCGAGUCCAUUGGUACCAAGUGCGCAGCGAUGAGGGUGCAGUGUCGAACAUUCGUUAACCGGGCCCGGACGGUGUUCAACGACAUCCACAAAGACGAUAUGGGAGACGAAAAUAAGGAAAAUGAGGCUCCCUGCAAUAUGCCUGUGUCCGAAACCAGCGAUGAAGACGACGGCCAGCCGCGCAUUGACCAAAAGAGCUGGAAUCUCCUCAGCAAAGAGGAGCAUGAGGGAGUGUUCGAUCGGAUGGAACAGGAUGCUAUCUGGUAA